CUCUCGCUGUAGCGGGCCGGCGGCCGCGGCCAGGCUGUUCCACCAUGGAUGGGGGAGAUGGCACUGCUGACCUGGUGAUUAACAAGAGGUUCGUCUCCGAGUCGGAGCUGGAGGAGCGGCGAAAGAGGAGGCAGGAGGAAUGGGAGAAGGUCCGGAAGCCUGAGGAUCCUGAAGAGUGCCCGGAGGAGGCCUACGACCCACGCUCACUGUAUGAAAGGCUUCAGGAGCAGAGAGAAAAGAAGCAGCAGGAGUUUGAGGAGCAAUUUAAAUUCAAAAACAUGGUGAGGGGCUUGGAUGAGGACGAGACACACUUCCUGGACGAGGUCUCCCGGCAGCAGGAGCUCCUGGAAAAGCAGCGAAGGGAGGAGGAGCUGAAGGAGCUGAAUGAGUACAGAAGCACUCUCACCAAAGUGGGAGUCAGCAUGGACCCAAAGAAGGAAGCUGAGAAGAAGCUGCCUGUGAAGGCAGUGGAAAACAAGAACAAAUUCUCUCAGGCAAAGCUGUUGGCAGGAGCUGUGAAGCACAGAAGUUCAGAUGGUGGCAACAGUGUGAAGAGGUUGAAACUAGACCCUGACCAUGAGGAAAAGACUCCAGACAAAGCUCCCUGCGUUCCCCUGGGGAGCAGCUCGGGGGGGGGCUCGGCGGUGCACUGCCCCUCGGCCGCCGUCUGCAUCGGGAUCCUGCCGGGGCUGGGAGCCUACUCGGGGAGCAGCGACUCGGAGUCCAGCUCGGACAGCGAGGGCACCAUCAACUCCACCGGCAAGAUCGUCUCCUCCGUCUUCCGCAGCAGCAGCUUCUUUGAUGGUCCCUAAGGACCUCCGCCUCCCUGCCCGAGGGAGCUCAGAGGAUCUGCCACAGCCCCAGGGGAUGCUGGAUGCGUCCUGCCCCACCCUGUAACUUUUCUAGCUAACCUCUCCCACUUCAGUACGACUCAGAGGCUCCUAACAUAACUCUCUGUAGCUAUCCAGGAGGUUUAAUAUUUCUUUUCCCUCCCCUCCUGCUCCUCCCCUACCUCUCCCUCCCCUCCCCCUCCAUCUGUCCAUUUCUGGGGUGCAUCCUGAGCCUGGGAGAAAAACAAAAGCAGCCUAAGGAAGGGUCUGAGGUGGGGAGGAGAGAGCUUUUACCUUGGCAAAUCCUUCCAGACAGGGGAGAACUCUGUGAUCUGAGAAGUUUCUACAAGUCUUUAUCAGGCAAAAAAAGAAAAAAAGAAAACAAAACCCACACAACAGCAAAAACAAAAAAUAAACCCAACAAAGCCAACCCCCUGUGAGAGGAAGCAGGAAGAGCCAUGUGUUCUGCUGGGAAAUGUCAUUUGUUUGGGGGGUUGUUUCUUCUUUUUCUUUGUGUGUUUUUUUUUUUUUAAUGCCAUAUCUGAGAAGUGGAGGCAGAAGAGGAGCCAAGCAGAUGGUGUAGA